AUGUCGCUUCUGCACUGCUUCCUGAAACCGUCGAGGAUGAGCCUGCAGCGGUGCGUCGCCGGCGACGACAUGACGGCGGACGAGUUCAAGGAGUGGAUCCGGCGGUUCGACGCGGACCGGGACGGGCGCAUCAGCCGCGACGAGCUGCGGCGCGCCAUGCGGGCGCUGCGCGUGCGGUUCACGCGGCGGAGGAGCAGGAGCGGCAUCACCUACGCCGACGCCGACGGCGACGGGUACAUCGACGACAGCGAGAUCGACGGCCUCGUCGAGUUCGCGCGCACCAGCCUCGGCCUCCGGAUCGUCGCCUGCUAG